AUGGGUGGUGGUAAUGGAACGUUGAUGUGCAACGUACUCAAUUAUAUCAAAGAAAACCAGCCCGACGUCUACGCAAGAACCCAUUACAAGAUUAUUGAAAUCUCGUCGCAACUUGCAACCAAACAGAUGGAGAGUGCGUUGAGAGCCAAAUUAACAAGAGAAAAAAUCGAUAAUAGUAAGGUGGAAGUGAUCAAUCAAUCGAUCUUUGAAUGGGACAAGGUGGUACAAGAACCAUGUUUUUUCAUAGCACUUGAGGUGUUUGAUAAUUUUCCCCAUGACUUGGUCCGCUAUGAUAACACGACUGGUGAACCCCACGAAGGUUAUGUUCUUGUUGAUGAGCAAGGUGAUUUCUUUGAAUUUUUCACUCCCGAAUUGAGCUAUUACACAGAUACCUUCCUUCGAUUGCGGGAGAGCGACUCAGAGUCCGUAUUGAAGAAAAGCAAAACAUGGAAAGGAAAAUUGGAAACAGCAAAGAGUCUCGUUCCAUUCAAAUCUCAUGAUAAUAUUCACCCACUUCUCCAGUCGUCACACAAACUAGGCCUUAAAAACUCAUUGUUUCCAUUUAAAGACAACUUGACACCGGGAGAGUUCAUCCCUACGAGACUUUUACAGUUUUUCCAGAUCCUCAAACACCGGUUUCCGAAUCAUUCUCUUAUAUGCUCGGAUUUCAAUGCCCUUCCCAAAACCAUCCCAGGCUACUAUAAUGCGCCAGUGGUACAGACGGUGCUCAAGGACAAAAUGGUGGACGUCACAACAUACAUGGUCAACCAAGGCUACUUUGACAUUAUGUUUGCAACCGAUUUCAAUGUCGCCAGUUCGCUCUACAGGCAGGUGACAGGAAAGAUGCCGCGAGUUGAACUGCACCGCGAUUUCUUGGAGCAAUGGGCUGAUGUCGAGGCAACCACCACCAAGGCGGGCGAAAACCCCAUGUUGGACUUUUAUAGAAAUGUUAGCUUCAUGGUGAGCUAA